CGAGAACGGUGGGAACCAUAUUCCGAGGAUGCUUAGUUGGGCUAUGAAGAUUGAUAUCACUAUUUCGACAGCUCAGUUGGUUCCUAUAUUCGCUUCGCCAACCGUCGAUUAGUGGUAUUUUCCAUGCUGAAGCCACGUCAUGGUGAGGUAGUCUACUACAAUAGCCUCCCAGAAGUUGAUUCCAGGUUAUUCCUUGAGUUGGAAUCAACUAUGGGGGAGGCUGGGACUGCAGCGGAGGAAGUAGUAGUACUUGAGAAUGAGGCAGAAAAGCUGGCAAAAGUUGCAAAGGAAGCCUCCAUUUUUUACGAGGAUGUCCCGAGGGUUGAGGAGGGCACUUCAUAGGCCUGUGCACUUUCCUCUAGUCAGGUUGCCCAACCUGAUUAUAGCAAUUGAUGCAGAGGCUCAAGAGGGUUGAGGAGGGCCAGGCAACCUUACUUCAGAAUCAGACUACGAUCAUGGCUCAGUUGGCGCAGCUGCUUUCAGUGGUCUCAGGUCGAUCCAUCAACGUAAAAUCAGAUACAGAGUUUGAUAUCUUGCCUGCGGACUAUGAGCCCGGUGAUCAACCCUCCACUCCACAGGCCCAGACAUCUGUAGUUGCCAGUGAUGCUGACAGUCCCAGUGUACGAGUACUACAUCCUGAGGAGGCAGCUGGCCUUGAAGUUUUAAGGAAGAAAUGCAGGCCCAAACGUUUUGAUGACUUCAUCGACCCAACGAAGAGGAUGAGACAAGAUAAACAGGGGCUAGUUGCAGAACCUUUAAGGAAGUGCGACUCGCAGCAGGAGAAGAGCUUCCAUAAGUGGAUCAUCGGGAAGAUCGACAACAAGAGAGAUCAGAACGUCUAUACUGGGACGCACAGUGUGGCAUGGUUCUUGCAAUUGCACACAGUCCAGACUUGGCUUUGGGAUUCGCAUAUUGAUGCCGCUUUGCACAUGCUACGUCGCCGACACCACUUUUAUCAUGCUGCAUUUCGGCAGGAUGUUGUGAUCAUGAACACCACCUUCCCCCAAGUGUGCCUAGGUCGUUGGACUCAUUUCAGAGAGACCGGCACUAAGUAUACAUGGGACGACGAUGUGCUGAAAAUGUUGAAGGGCGAUGAUAAUCAAUUCCUCGUAUCAUGGCAAAAUAUGAGUGAAGUAUAUUUUGCCUUGCACGUCGAGAAAGUCGUACAUUGGAUCACCAUUGAAGUCUUCAUUCCAACGUGGUGCAUCAACAUUUAUGAUUCCAACCAUAGCGUGCUUAGUCUGACUCUGUUGGAGGAAGUGAUCAGGCCUUGGUGCUUAUUGUUGCCUUCAUUGUUAUGGUGUUCUGGCAUGUUUGACGACCAUGAGGACCUCCAGUCAUCUCUUGAGCAGAACACAAAGCCUUUUUCACAUUGUCGUAUUCCUCCUGAGGAGUGUCCUCAGACUAAGACAAGGUAUUACCCUAUUUAAUUAGUGUAUUUUGAAAUCUGAAUAUUAAAGUUAUUUUUAUCUUCUAUUGACACAAAAUCGAUUAUAUGCAG